AUGACGACUAGGACUAUUGAUUACAGUGUGUGGGACCACAUCGAAGUAUCGGAUGAUGAGGAUGAGACUCACCCCAAUAUCGACACCCCGAGCCUUUUCCGAUGGAGGCAUCAGGUAGCUAUGACAACAGGCGAUAUGUCUUCACUAAAAUAAUAAUACAUAUGUAGCUACAUUACUAGCUAGUCAGCUAGCGACAGUAGCUAACUAGUUAUGUCAGCAAACACUAGCUAGCUAUCUUCUUAGCCAAGUGUCAUAGCCAUAGAAAUCACGACAGCCGGCUAAUCUAGUUAGCUGGUCAGCUAAAGUGACUAACGUUAAUCCAACUGGCUAAAGUGCUAGCUAGCUAGGCUUAGCUCUGGUCCAGGGCGUUAGCUAGGCAAGACUUUCAAGAUUUGGGCUUUACAGCAGUAGCCUAGUUGCUCAAUAAGAGUUUGUCCACAGCUCUAGCGCUCUUUCUCUCUCUCUCUGUCGGUCUCUGUCUGUCUCUCUCGCUCUGUCUCUCUCUUCCUGUCUCUCUUGCGCAGUAAAAGUUUGCCCACAGCUCUAGCGCUCUCUCUCUCUGUCUGUCUCUCCCUGUCUCUAUUGCCCAAUAAGAGUUUGUCCACAGCUCUAGCGCUCUCUCUCUCUCUGUCUCUCCCUGUCUGUCUGUCUCUCCCUGUCUCUAUUGCCCAAUAAGAGUUUGUCCACAGCUCUAGCGCUCUCUCUCUCUCUGUCUCUCCCUGUCUGUCUGUCUCUCCCUGUCUCUAUUGCCCAAUAAGAGUUUCUCCACAGCUCUAGCGCUCUCUGUCUGUCUGUCUGUCUGUCUGUCUGUCUGUCUAUCUCUCCCUGUCUCUAUUGCCCAAUAAGAGUUUGUCCACAGCUCUAGCGCUCUCUCUCUCUCUGUCUCUCCCUGUCUGUCUGUCUCUCCCUGUCUCUAUUGCCCAAUAAGAGUUUGUCCACAGCUCUAGCGCGCUCUCUCUGUCUGUCUGUCUGUCUGUCUCUCCCUGUCUCUAUUGCCCAAUAAGAGUUUCUCCACACAGCCCGUGAUGCACCUUAACCUUGGCUAGCUACAUCAUAAAUUAAUCCAGCAGAAUUGUGCUAGGUGCAAUAUCUUGCCUUGGACAGAACGUUUGUUUAGCUUCUUUUUCUUUGGGAUUGGGUUGGCGGAUUGCAUCCAACUUUUAAGUUGCAUACACCGCCAACUAUUGUACUGGAGUGUGAGGCCAGUCACGGCCUACCUACAUUAAGUUAUCUUCAUUAGUCCUGUUCCUCUAAGACGUUUGGUUAGCUAGCUAAUAGGCUAACUGUUAAACAACAACAAUGUUACUAUCUCCUCCCACCCCUCCACCCUCCUCUCACCCCUCCACCCUCCUCUCCUCCCUCCUCCACCCUUCCAUGUCCCUCCCAUCUUUCAUCUCUCCUCCACCCUCUCUCCAUUACUCUAAUCUUCCACUGCACCUCCCUCCACCUUCCUCUCCUCCCUCCUCCACCCUUCCAUGUCCCUCCCAUCUUUCAUCUCUCCUCCACCCUCUCUCCAUUACUCUAAUCUUCCACGGCACCUCCCUCCACCCUCCUCUCCUCCCUCCUCCACCCUUCCAUGUCCCUCCCAUCUUUCAUCUCCUCCACCCUCUCUCCAUUACUCUAAUCUUCCACUGCACCUCCCUCCACCUCCCUCCACCUUCCUCUCCUCCCUCCUCCCUCCUUCCCCCACCCUUCCAUGUCCCUCCCAUCUUUCAUCUCUCCUCCACUCUCUCUCCACUACUCUAAUCUUCCACUGCACCUCCAUCUCUCCCUCCUAGGCGCGUGUGGAGAAACAGGUGGCCUUCGAGGAGAAAGGAGAGGAGCUGGAGAGGAACAUGGCGGAGUGUAAGAGACGUCUGGAGGAGGUGCAGUACAGAGUGAAGGAGUUAGAGGAGGGAGGACAGAAGGAAGGAGCGGAGGAGGAGAGGAAGACAGAGCUGAGCAAGGCCCAGACAGAGGAGAAGAAAUACAAAAAGGAUCAACGCUUGUGGGAGAAGAAGAUGGAGGAACAUCGGAGAGAGGAGAAAAAGAUGCCUUGGAACGUUGACACGCUCAGCAAAGAGGGAUUCAGCAAGGUGAGAUAUUUUGUGUGUAGCAUUUCGCUACACCCGCAACAACAUCUGCUAAAUAUGUGUAUGUAAACCAAUAACAUUUGAUUUGAGAUGCACCACACCCUCAACAAAGAGGGCUUCAGCCAGGUGAGAUAGGAAGACAAGACAUGACUUUGUAGAAGGAUAAAUCAUGAAGAUGUGGGCUAUCAUCACUACUAUUGAUGUCACAUGUUAUCCCUCUAUUAGCCUACUGUCUACUGAAAAUAUCUUUCCCUCCCCCCUCCUCCUCCUCCUCCCUCCUCCUCCUCCUCCUCCCCCCUCCUCCUCCUCCUCCUCCCCCCUCCUCCUCUCCCCUCCUCCUCCCUCCUCCCCCCCCCCCAUCCCUUCUUCCCCCCAGAGUGUGUUGAACAUCAAGCCGGAACCGACAGAAGAGACGGAGGAACAGAAGGAAGAGAAACACCAGACCUUUGUGGAGAAACACGAGAAACAGAUCAAACACUUUGGUGAGUUUCAGAUUCGCUGUCUAUCUCUAGACUUUUCUCCCUCUGUCUGUUUCAACACACAACUAAACUAUUUAAUGUCUAUCUGUAGGGAUGCUGCGGCGUUGGGAGGACAGUCAGAAGUACCUGUCUGACCACCCUUACCUGGUGUGUGAAGAGACGGCUAACUACCUGGUCAUCAUGUGUAUAGACCUGGAGGUGGAGGAGGUGAGGGGGGGGGGGUGUUUACAUCUUUCUGUGUGUGUGUCUUUGUGUAUGUUAACCUGUGUGUGUGUGUGUGUGUCUUUGUGUAUGUUAACCGGUGGCUUGCGAAAAUAUUCACCCCCCAUGGCAUUUUUCCUAUUUUGUUGCCAUACAACCUGGAAUUAAAAUUGAUUUUUGGAGGGUUUGUAUAAUUUGAUUUACACAACAUGCCUACCACUUUUAAGAUGCAAAAUAUAUUUUUUGUGAAACAAACAAGAAAUAAGACAAAAAAAACUAACUUGAGCGUGCAUAACUAUUCCCCCCCCCAAGUCAAUACUUUGUAGAGCCACCUUUUGCAGCAAUUACAGCUGCAAGUCUCUUGGGGUAUGUCUCUAUAAGCUUGGCACAUCUAGCCACUGGGAUUUUUGCCCAUUCUUCAAGGCAAAACUGCUCCAGCUCCUUCAAGUUGGAUGGGUUCAGCUGGUGUACAGCAAUCUUUAAGUCAUACCACAGAUUCUCAAUUGGAUUGAGGUCUGGGCUUUGACUAGGUCAUUCCAAGACAUUUCAAUGUUUCCCCUUAAACCACUCGAGUGUUGCUUUAGCAGUAUGCUUAGGGUCAUUGUCCUGCUGGAAGGUGAACCUCCGUCCCAGUCUCAAAUCUCUGGAAGACUGAAACAGGUUUCCCUCAAGAACUUCCAUGUAUUUAGCGGCAUCCAUCAUUCCUUCAAUUCUGACCAGUUUCCCAGUCCCUGCCGAUGGAAAAACAUCCCCACAGCAUGAUACUGCCACCACCAUGCUUCACUGUGGGGAUGGCGUUCUCGGGGUGAUGAGAGGUGUUGGUUUUGCGCCAGACAUAGCGUUUUCCUUGAUGGCCAAAAAGCUCAAUUUUAGUCUCAUCUGACCAGAGUACCUUCUUCCAUAUGUUUGGGGAGUCUCCCACAUGCCUUUUGGCGAACACCAAACGUGUUUGCUUAUUUUUUUCUUCAAGCAGUGGCUUUUGUCUGGCCACUCUUCCGUAAAGCCCAGCUCUGUGGAGUGUACGGCUUAAAGUGGUCCUAUGGACAGAUGCUCAAAUCUCCACUGUGGAGCUUUGCAGCUCCUUCAGGGUUAUCUUUGGUCUCUUUGUUGCCUCACUGAUUAAUGCACUCCUUGCCUGGUCCGUGAGCUUUGGCAGAUUGUUGUGCCAUAUUCUUUCAAUUUUUUAAUAAUGGAUUUAAUGGUGCUCCGUGGGAUGUUCAAAGUUUCUGAUAUUUUUUUAAUAACCCAACCCUGAUCUGUACUUCUCCACAACUAUGUACCUGACCUGUUUGGAGAGCUCCUUGGUCUUCAUUGUGCCGCUUGCUUAGUGGUGCCCCUUGCUUAGUGGUGUUGCAGACUCUGGGGCCUUUCAGAACAGGUGUAUAUAUACUGAUAUCAUGUGACACUUAGAUUGCACACAGGUGGACUUCAUUUAACUAAUUAUGUGACUUCUGAAGGUAAUUGGUGGUACCAGAUCUUAUUUAGGGGCUUCAUAGCAAAGGGGGUGAAUACAUACAGUGGGGAAAAAAAGUAUUUAGUCAGCCACCAAUUGUGCAAGUUCUCCCACUUAAAAAGAUCAGAGAGGCCUGUAAUUUUCAUCAUAGGUACAUGUCAACUAUGACAGACAAAUUGAGGGAAAAAAAUCCAGAAAAUCACAUUGUAGGAUUUUUUAUGAAUUUAUUUGCAAAUUAUGGUGGAAAAUAAGUAUUUGGUCACCUACAAACAAGCAAGAUUUCUGGCUCUCACAGACCUGUAACUUCUUCUUUAAGAGGCUCCUCUGUCCUCCACUCGUUACCUGUAUUAAUGGCACCUGUUUGAACUUGUUAUCAGUAUAAAAGACACCUGUCCACAACCUCAAACAGUCACACUCCAAACUCCACUAUGGCCAAGACCAAAGAGCUGUCAAAGGACACCAGAAACAAAAUUGUAGACCUGCACCAGGCUGGAAAGACUGAAUCUGCAAUAGGUAAGCAGCUUGGUUUGAAGAAAUCAACUGUGGGAGCAAUUAUUAGGAAAUGGAAGACAUACAAGACCACUGAUAAUCUCCCUCAAUCUGGGGCUCCAUGCAAGAUCUCACCCCGGAACCACAAAAAAUCCCAGAACCACACGGUUCUGGGAUUUUGGUGAAUGACCUGCAGAGGUGAAUGACCUGCAGAGAGCUGGGACCAAAGUAACAAAGCCUACCAUCAGUAACACACUACGCCGCCAGGGACUCAAAUCCUGCAGUGCCAGACGUGUCCCCCUGCUUAAGCCAGUACAUGUCCAGGCCCGUCUAAAGUUUGCUAUGCUAGAGUGCAUUUGGAUGAUCCAGAAGAGGAUUGGGAGAAUGUCAUAUGGUCAGAUGAAACCAAAAUAUAACUUUUUGGUAAAAACUCAACUCGUCGUGUUUGGAGGACAAAGAAUGCUGAGUUGCAUCCAAAGAACACCAUACCCACUGUGAAGCAUGGGGGUGGAAACAUCAUGCUUUGGGGCUGUUUUUCUGCAAAGGGACCAGGACGACUGAUCCGUGUAAAGAAAGAAUGAAUGGGGCCAUGUAUCGUGAGAUUUUGAGUGAAAACCUCCUUCCAUCAGCAAGGGCAUUGAAGAUUAAACGUGGCUGGGUCUUUCAGCAUGACAAUGAUCCCAAACACACCGCCCGGGCAACGAAGGAGUGGCUUCGUAAGAAGCAUUUCAAGGUCCUGGAGUGGCCUAGCCAGUCUCCAGAUCUCAACCCCAUAGAAAAUCUUUGGAGGGAGUUGAAAGUCUGUGUUGCCCAGCGACAGCCCCAAAACAUCACUGCUCUAGAGGAGAUCUGCAUGGAGGAAUGGGCCAAAAUACCAGCAACAGUGUGUGAAAACCUUGUGAAGACUUACAGAAAUUUUGACCUGUGUCAUUGCCAACAAAGGGUAUAUAACAAAGUAUUGAGAAACUUUUGUAUUUGACCAAAUACUUAUUUUCCACCAUAAUUUGCAAAUAAAUUCAUUAAACAUCCUACAAUGUGAUUUUCUGGAAUUUUUUUCCUCAUUUUGUCUGUCAUAGUUGACGUGUACCUAUUAUGAAAAUUACAGGCCUCUCUCAUCUUUUUAAGUGGGAGAACUUGCACAAUUGGUGGCUGACUAAAUACUUUUUUCCCCCACUGUAUGCACGCACAACGUUUCCGUUAUUUAUUUUUUUGAAUAUUUUUGAAGCAAGUAAUUUUUUUUUCAUUUCACUUCACCAAUUUGGACUAUUUUGUGUAUGUCCAUUACAUAAAAUCCAAAUAAAAAUCAAUUUAAAUUACAGGUUGUAAUGCAACAAAAUAGGAAAAAGGCCAAGGGGGAUGAAUACUUUUGCAAGGCACUGUAUGUGUUUGUGUGUCUGUAUCUUUGUGUAUGUUAACCUGUGUGUGUGGUGUGUGUGUGGUGUGGUGUGUGUGUGUGUGUGUGUGUGUGGUGUGUGUGUGUUUGGUAUGGUAACCUGUGUGUGGUGUGUGUGUGUGUGUGUGUGUGGUGUUGUGUGGGUGUGUGUGUGGUGUGUGUGGUGUGUUCUGUAUCUUUGUGUAUGUUAAACCUGUGUGUGUGUGUGUGGUGUGUGGGGUGUGUGUGUGUUGUGUGUGUGUGGGUGUGUGUGGUGUGUGUGUGAUGUUAACCUGUGGUGUGUGUGGUGUGUGUGUGUGUGUGUGGUGUGUGUGUGGUGUGUGUGGUGUGUGUGUGGGUGUGUGUGGUGUGUGUGUGUGUGUGUGUGUGUGUGUGUGUGUAGAAACAUGGUUUGAUGGAUCAGGCAGCUCACCAGACCAUAGUGAUGCAGUUUAUCUUGGAGCUGGCUAAGAGUCUGAAGAUUGACCCUCGAGGAUGCUUCAGACAGUUCUUCCAAAAGAUCAAGGUAGGCGUGUUGCCUUUAUUCAUUUUAAGGCCGGGAUUCAAUCAGAGGCGCCUUGUUGAAUACAGAAACAAAAACGCUGCAGAUAUCGGCUCAAGUGGAAAUGACCUUUUAAAUGCAAAGCGCUGUUCUCUUGUUGAUAAAGCCCCUUUUGAUUGAAUCCCGGCUUUAUGAGUUGAUGCCCCUUUUGAUUGAUCCCGGCUUUAUGAGUUGAUGCCCCUUUUGAUUGAAUCCCGGCCUUUAUGAGUUGAUGCCCUUGUGAUUGAAUCCGGCUUUAUGAGUUGAUGCCCCUUUUGAUUGAAUAGCCGGCUUUAUGAGUUGAAGCCCCUUUUGAUGAAUCCCGGCUUAUGAGUGAUGCCCCUUUGAUUGAAUCCCGGCUUAUGAGUGAUGCCCUUUUGAUUGAAUCCCGGCUUAUGAGUUGAUGCCCUUUGAUGAAUCCCGGCUUUAUGAGUUAAAGUCCCUUUUGAUUGAAUCACGGCUUAUGAGUUGAUUUCCUUUUUGAUUGAAUCCCGGCUUUAUGAGUUGAAGCCCUUUGAUUGAACCCCGGCUUUAUGAGUUGAUGCCCCUUUGAUGAAUCCGGCUUUAUGAGUUGAUGCCCUUUUGAUUGAAUCCCGGCUUUGAGUUGAUGCCCCUUUUGAUUGAAUCCCGGCUUUAUGAGUUGAUGCCCCUUUUGAUUGAAUCCCGGCUUUAUGAGUUGAUGCCCCUUUUGAUUGAAUCCCGGCUUUAUGAGUUGAUGCCCCUUUUGAUUGAAUCCCGGCUUUAUGAGUUGAUGCCCCUUUUGAUUGAAUCCCGGCUUUAUGAGUUGAUGCCCCUUUUGAUUGAAUCCCGGCUUUAUGAGUUGAUGCCCCUUUUGAUUGAAUCCCGGCUUUAUGAGUUGAUGCCCCUUUUGAUUGAAUCCCGGCUUUAUGAGUUGAUGCCCCUUUUGAUUGAAUCCCGGCUUUAUGAGUUGAUGCCCCUUUUGAUUGAAUCCCGGCUUUAUGAGUUGAUGCCCCUUUUGAUUGAAUCCCGGCUUUAUGAGUUGAUGCCCCUUUUGAUUGAAUCCCGGCUUUAUGAGUUGAUGCCCCUUUUGAUUGAAUCCCGGCUUUAUGAGUUGAUGUAUAACUUUGAGUUGUUUAACUUCACGUGUGUGUCCAUAUACAGUGCUGCUUGGAAGUAUGUGAACCCCUUUGUGCAAUUGCAGAUUUUUUCUAUUUUUACCAUGAAAUCUUCAUUUAAUCAGAACCAGUCUUUUGGAUCUGACAUAACAGGUUUAUAUUUACCAAUACCAUAUGUUGGUGUAGAGUAAAUCAUGCGUGUAGUAGAAAAACAACAUUAAAAAGAAAUUAGUGCAGGUGCAAAAAUAAGUGAACCCCAAGUUGCAUUGGUUAAAUCAAGUAGGUAAGUAGAAUCAGGUGGGUAAAUAAUUAGCUACCAAAUGAACCAAUCAAAGGAGAGAUCGGUAGGAAAGAGUUUGGGCGGGACUCUGAUAAAAAAUUGAGAUAAGAAACCUGGUCAGUUUGGUGUUACUCAUCCAGGUGAAUGCAAAGCACACCAUGCCGAGAGGAAAGGAGAUCUCAGAGGACAUCAGGACGAGGGUAGUGAGAGCGCUUCAGUCUGGGGAAGGCUAUAAAAUCAUCUCAAAAAGAUUUGACCUCCAUCAGUCCACUGUGAGGCAAAUAAUUCACAAAUGGAGAGCAUUUAACAUGACAGCAACUAGGCCUAGAAGUGGACGCCCUUCCAAAAUAUCCCCAAGAGCCACAAGAACAAUAAUAAAUCAGGUAAAAGCCAACCCAAAUAUAACAUCUAGAGAUUUGCAGACCUCCCCUUGCUGCAUCUCAGGUAACUGUGCAUGCUUCAACAAUAAGAAGAACACUGAUUCAAAAUGCCAUUAAUGGAAGGGUUGCUAGGAAGAAGCCUCUGCUGUCAUAAUGGAAGGGUUGCUAGGAAGAAGCCUCUGCUGUCAUAAUGGAAGGGUUGCUAGGAAGAAGCCUCUGCUGUCAUAAUGGAAGGGUUGCUAGGAAGAAGCCUCUGCUGUCAUAAUGGAAGGGUUGCUAGGAAGAAGCCUCUGCUGUCAUAAUGGAAGGGUUGCUAGGAAGAAGCCUCUGCUGUCAUAAUGGAAGGGUUGCUAGGAAGAAGCCUCUGCUGUCAUAAUGGGAGGGUUGCUAGGAAGAAGCCGCUGCUGUCAAAAAAGAACCAAACUGGCCGUCUUAACUUGGCCAGAGACCACCUGGACAAACCUGAAGGUUUCUGGAAGUCCAUUCUCUGGACCGAGGAGUUCAAAAUUGACCUUUUUGGUCACAAGGAACACCGCUAUGUUUGGCAAAAAACCCAACACUGCCUACCACCAAAAUAACCUUAUCCCAACAGUCAAGCAUGGUGGUGGGAAUAUGAAGAUCUGGGGGCUGCUUUUCCUCCUCUGGACCUGGACGACUCCACAUCAUUAAAGGAACCAUGAAUUCUGAGGUAUACCAGGAGAUUCUUGAACAGAACAUCAGGCCAUCAGCUGAAAAAUGGGUCUUCCAACAAGACAACGACCCAAAGCAUUCAAGCAAAUCUACCAAAGAAUGGCUCAGGAGAAAGAAGAUUUGUGUUUUUGGAUUGGCCAAGUCAAAGUCCUGACCUAAAUCUAAUCGAGAUGCUGUGACCUGAAGCUCUGUCAUUGCCGCUCUGUUAUUGCUUGUCCAUAUAUGUAUAUAUUCUUAAAUUCCAUUCCUUACUAGAUUUGUGUGUAUUGGGUAUAUGUUGUGAAAUUGUUAGAUAUUACUUGUUAGAUAUUACUGCACUGUCGGAGCUAGAAGCACAAGCAUUUCGCUACACCCGCAAUAACAUCUGCUAAACACGUGUAUGUGACAAAUAAAAUGUGAUUUGAUUUGAAGCGGGCAUUCAUGCCAGACACCCCUCAAACCUCACUCAAUUGGCUGAGUUCUGUAAGGGGGAGUUGGCAAAAAUCCCUCAAAACAGAUGUCAGAGACUGAUUGCUGGCUAUAGGAAACGUUUAGUCCAAGUCAUCGCUGCUAAUGGAGGUGCCACAAGCUAUUGACUGAAAGGGGGUCACAUAUUUUUGCACACAUCAAAUCAGAGUUUCUGUUAAAUAAAAAAUGAAAAUAUAUAUAAUAUUUUUUUUGUUUUCUGUCAUUUACGUGGAAUGUCUUCAUUACGAAUUGGGGUUUAGAUAAGGAUUUUAUAUGUUUUAUUUUAAUAUUUUAUAGUAAAAUAAUGACCAGCCCUGUAGGGUUCACAUACUUUCAAGCAGCACUGUAUGUACUGUGUACAGGUGUAUGUACUGUGUACAGGUGUAUGUACUGUGUACAGGUGUAUGUACUGUGUACAGGUGUAUGUACUGUGUACAGGUGUAUGUACUGUGUACAGGUGUAUGUAUUGUGUACAGGUGUAUGUACUGUGUACAGGUGUACCUGUAUGUCACACCAAUCUAUCUCUCUCUCUCUCUCUCUCUGUCAGACAGCGGACCAGCCCUACCAGGAGGCCUUUACUGAUGAGCUGGAGUCAUUUAAGGAGAGAGUUCGAGGCAGAGCUAAGAUCAGGAUACAAAAGGUCAUUUUCCCUCAAGAAAAAUUGUUUCUUGCUUCAGCUGUUUUAAAAGUAUUUUUAUGGUAGUGGGAGAAGUUCAAAGGGAUAUUUUACUCCAAAAACAUUCAGACGUUCACAUUUUUCUGGGACUGUAUCAUAACUGUAGACUGAUGAACAGAAUACUAAAAUAUAUAUAUGUUUUGUAAAAUACGAGGCAUUGGUGAGGUUCUAAAUAAAUACAUGAAUAUGAAAUGAUUUGUUAAAGGCUAUGGAGGAGUAUGAGGAGGAGGAGAGACAGAACCGACUAGGACCUGGUGGACUGGACCCUGUGGAAUCACAGACUCUGCAGAUGGUUAACACACACAUCAUCAAACAGAGAGAAGAGAGAGACGAACCGAGUAGACUGGACUGGACCUGUGGAAGUUACCAACUCUGCAGAGGUACACCUAGAGAGAGGAGAGACGACGACUAGGACCUGUGACUGGACCUGGAAGUCUACCACACUCGCCAGAGUACACACACAGAGAGAGGGAGAGACACAGUCAGCAACCUAUGGCCACAUAUUCAGAGGAAGUGGUCGCCAACCCCAGUCUCCUUUUUUGACCUCUGACAUGUGAUGUCACAUCCUGUUUCACAGGAAAUGAAGAAGUGUUUUGAUGAUAAAGACAUCUCAAUGCUGCAGGAAGCUAUCAGCAAGAUGGACCCCAUGGUGAGUGUCUCCUGUCUCUCUCUUUCUCUCCUCCCUUUCUCUCCUCCUUUCUCUCUCCUAAUGUUCUCUCUCUCCCCCUCUCUUUCUCUCUCCUAAUGUUAUCUUUCUCUCUCCUAACAUUCUCUCUCUCCACCUCUCUCGCUCCCUCUCUUUUUCCUCACUCUCUCUGACCUGUGUGUGUGUGUGUGUGUGUGUGUGUGUGUGUGUGUUGUGGUUUCUCAGGAGGCAAAGGUCCACAUAAAGAGGUGCAUUGACUCGGGACUCUGGGUUCCCAACGCCAAUACCGACAACGAAGAUGCAGAGAAUGAGGAAGAGGAAAAGGAGGACAAAGAAGAUGAGGAAGAGCCAGAGAAGGAGGAGAAAUGA